AGUUUGGCCCGCUGCAUCUGGAUCCGACUCGACCGGAUGUGGUACAAAACGAUCUAGGGCUUCUUCAAUUCGGAUCUUGAUAGUCCUGGUUUCUCUGUUUCGAUUCUCUUCAAGCUUUCAACUUUUUUGUUCUUCGCGAAACGAAGGAAUAUCAACGCAAUGGCUGGAGGAGCGAUCCACCAGUUGUUAAGGAGGAAACUUCAAUGUCAAUCAACUGGCCCUACAUUUCUGUCUUCCAUUAUCUCCAAGAGAGAUGACGCGGGCACGAAGUCUCUAAGAGCUCUUGCACUCCUUGGAGUAGGGAUUUCAGGGUUCUUAAGUUUUGCAACAGUAGCAUCUGCAGAUGAGGCUGAGCAUGGAUUAGAGUCUCCAAUCUAUCCAUGGCCUCAUAAGGGCAUCCUGAGUUCAUAUGAUCAUGCUUCGAUUCGGCGUGGUCAUCAGGUUUACACACAAGUCUGUGCCUCCUGCCAUUCCAUGUCUUUAAUAUCAUACCGUGAUUUGGUGGGUGUGGCAUACACAGAGGAGGAAACAAAGGCUAUGGCAGCCGAGAUUGAGGUGGUUGAUGGACCUAAUGAUGAGGGGGAGAUGUUCACUCGCCCUGGUAAACUCAGCGAUCGAUUUCCUCAGCCAUAUUCAAAUGAGCAAGCAGCUAGGUUUGCUAAUGGAGGGGCCUAUCCCCCAGAUCUAAGUCUUAUUACCAAAGCUCGUCACAAUGGUCAGAACUAUGUAUUUGCCCUUUUAACUGGUUAUCGUGAUCCUCCUGCCGGUGUUUUGAUCCGAGACGGUCUGCACUAUAAUCCUUAUUUUCCUGGUGGAGCAAUUGCCAUGCCAAAGAUGCUUAAUGAUGGUGCUGUUGAGUACGAAGAUGGUACUGCUGCAACAGAGGCUCAGAUGGGAAAAGACGUUGUAUCGUUUUUGUCAUGGGCUGCUGAACCAGAAAUGGAAGAACGAAAACUAAUGGGAUUCAAAUGGAUAUUUGUUCUCUCAUUGGCACUACUUCAAGCUGCUUAUUACCGGCGCUUGAGGUGGUCAGUUCUCAAGUCCCGCAAGCUGGUUCUGGAUGUCGUCAACUAGCUGGCCUUUUUUAUUUUAAUCUUUAUGGUUAUGGUUGUGGGAGGACCUAAAAUGCAAAUAAUUUUUUUAAUCUGAUGGUCAAGGUUUUCUUGCCAAUGUCAAAAAAUAGGCUUACAUCAGAAAUUGGUUAUGGAGUAACCUAAUGAGUGUUACUUUGGAGAGGUAGAAAUAAAGAUACUCCACACACAUGAUGCAAUAUUUUUUUUCCUCGGACAUGUGAAUUUUGUUUAAAUUUUUCAUUCUAGUGCCAAAUCUUCCGGUUGGAUUACCGCCUUCAAUAUUUAUUUA